GUGAUGGGGACUCCCGGCCCGUCGGGCGGGUCUCUGUUGCUCCCUGCAGCGUCAGGGCCCCCAAGAAAGCGCGCGGCUGGAGAGGCCGGGGUUGCGAAGAGCAAGCAGCGUGUCCUGGAUGAGGAAGAGUAUAUUGAGGGCCUCCAGACCGUCAUCCAGAGGGAUUUCUUUCCUGAUGUAGAGAAGCUACAGGCUCAAAAAGAGUAUCUAGAGGCUGAGGAGAAUGGAGACUUGGAACGGAUGCGCCAGAUUGCCAUCAAAUUUGGCUCUGCCCUGGGCAAGAUGUCCAGAGAACCUCCGCCACCUUAUGUGACUCCAGCCACAUUUGAAACUCCUGAGGUACACACAGGCACUGCAGCAGUUGGCAACAAGCCCCGGUCCAGGGUCGGAGGCCUGGAGGAUGGAGAGGCUGGAGAGGAGGAGGAGAAAGAGCCACUGCCCAGCUUGGAUGUCUUCCUGAGCCGCUAUACAAGCGAGGACAAUGCCUCCUUCCAGGAAAUCAUGGAGGUGGCCAAGGAGAAAAGCCGGGCCCGCCAUGCCUGGCUUUACCAGGCUGAAGAGGAGUUUGAGAAGAGGCAGAAAGAUAAUCUUGAACUCCCAUCAGCAGAGCACCAGGCCAUUGAGAACAGCCAGGCUGGCGUGGAGACCUGGAAGUACAAGGCCAAGAACUCCCUCAUGUACUAUCCAGAGGGUGUCCCUGAUGAAGAGCAGCUGUUUAAGAAACCCCGGCAAGUGGUGCAUAAGAACACUCGCUUCCUUAGGGAUCCCUUCAGUCAGGCUCUGAGCAGGUCCCAGCUCCAGCAAGCAGCAGCCCUCAAUGCCCAGCACAAACAGGGCAAAGUGGGCCCUGACGGCAAGGAGCUCAUUCCCCAGGAGUCCCCUCGAGUGGCUGGAUUUGGAUUUGUUGCCACCCCUUCUCCUGCCCCUGGUGAGCAAUGGGCUUUGUGCCAAGGCUGGUGUGGGCUGUGGGUGGACUGGACUGUCAGUAUCAGCAAGAAGGGUGCUUGGACAGUGCUCACAGCUCUAAAUCCAGAGGACACCAUCUUGGAGCCUGGCCGCAGAGAGCGGCUGGGCCUGAAGAUGGCCAAUGAGGCAGCUGCCAAGAACCGGGCCAAGAAGCAGGAAGCCUUGCGGAGAGUGACAGAGAACUUGGCCAGCCUCACACCUAAAGGUCUGAGUCCAGCCAUGUCCCCAGCCCUGCAGCGGCUUGUGAGCAGGACCGCCAGCAAGUACACAGAUCGUGCCUUACGGGCCAGCUACACACCAUCCCCAGCACGCUCGACUCACCUCAAGACUCCGGCUGGUGGACCUCAGACUCCCACAAGCACACCAGCUCCUGGUUCUGCCCCACGCACACCCCUCACACAAGACCCAGCCUCCAUCACGGACAACUUGCUGCAACUCCCUGCCCGACACAAAGCCUCGGACUUCUUUUAAGCCGACCCAGGCUUGGCCCACAGAUGUGUCAUGGAGCCUGAAGUAUAGACGGCUGCAGCCUCUGGGGUCCCAGGCCCAGACCAGAGGUGGUUAAUCAUCAUGGGACCCACAGAUGAUAGGUGUUGUGGGGCAGCCGGGCUGACACAGGGUACACACCCACUCUCCUUGGGGAACAGCACCCAUGCUGUCUCCUGAGGCCUUGCUGGAACUUUUCUAUUUAAUCCCUGCCUGAACUGUUAUUAAAGAAUACUUGAUACAGUCUGGCCAGGCUGCUUUUGCAUCCCUCACUCUCAACCUGAGCCCUAGCUCCAACCUGGGACCUCCAUCAACAUCUGAGGAAUUGAGGGUCCCUGGGUUGUGGAAGCUGAGGGUGGCUCCCAGAACUGCCUUCUGAGCUGACUGUGCUCACACAUCAUUCCUUUUCCUCAAAAGAAAAUGUCACCCAAUUGGGUGACUUUGCAGGCUCACUGACUCCUGUUGCAGAAAAAUCAUUUUCAGGACAACUGAGAAAGAGGUACAUUAGGCAGAGUGGAAUACGGGCAUUCAGAGAAAUGAAAUGAAUUAUUUCCUGACAGGGAACAUUUAUGCUUUCUUGAGGGGGUGGACAUGCUGGGAGAAAGUGGCUCACCCCCAGAAGGGUGCUAGCCCCACUUUCCUUUCUGUCUGUGUUAGUUUUUUGAGACAGUGUCUUACUGUGUAAUUCA